GAGAAGAAGAAGAAGAAGAAGAAGACCAAACACAGUGGUGGCGCGAGAUUAGAGAAGCGUUCAAAAGUAUUUUCUUAAAAAGUGUUUUUAAUGGACAGUUAUUGACAUUAAGUUAGAUUAGCUCUGUUUUAUAAAGACGCCUGGGUGCUCCGUCCAGCUGCUGCCAUGACACAGUCCGUUGUUGUCCAAGUUGGGCAGUGUGGCAACCAGGUUGGCUGCAGGUUUUGGGAUCUUGCCUUGCGAGAACAUGCCCAUGUGAAUAAAAAAGGAUUGUAUGAUGAGGCACUCAGUAGCUUUUUCCGAAAUGUGGACUCAAGUAAAUGUGAUGGGGAGGCCCAUUUUGUUGGUGGGAGAAUCCAACAUCUGAAGGCCAGGGCGGUGCUGGUGGACAUGGAGGAGGGUGUGGUCAAUGAGAUCCUGCAGGGCCCGUUGAGAGAAAUGUUUGACAGCACCCAGCUCCUCACAGACGUGUCGGGUUCAGGCAACAACUGGGCAGUUGGACACAUGACGUAUGGCUCAGCCUACAGGGAACAGAUCGUGGAUAAACUGAGGAAGGCAGCAGAACACUGUGACUGUCUGCAGUGCUUCUUCCUCAUUCACUCUAUGGGAGGAGGUACAGGCUCGGGCCUUGGGACCAAAGUGCUGAGCCUGCUGGAGGAGGAGUUCCCCGAGGUGUGUCGGAUUGUCACCUCCAUCUAUCCAUCUGCAGAGGAUGAUGUCGUCACCUCUCCCUACAACAGCAUCCUGGCUAUGAGGGAGCUCACAGAGCACGCUGACUGUGUCCUGCCUGUGGAAAACCAAUCGUUGGUGGACAUUGUGAAGAAGAUUAAACAUAUGUCUCACAGUGGAAAGCCAGGGACUGUGAUCAGGAGGGAAAGCGCCAUCAUCUCUGGGCAGGGGGGGCUCAUUGGAGCCGAGAAGCCUUUUGAUGCCAUGAAUAAUAUUGUGGCUAACCUGUUGCUCAACAUUACCAGCUCAGCUCGUUUUGAAGGGUCUCUCAACAUGGAUCUGAAUGAGAUUGCCAUGAACCUGGUCCCCUUCCCUGGUUUACACUACUUGGUGCCGAGCCUCACCCCUCUCUACACUCUGGCAGAUGUCAGUGUCCCCUCCAGAAGACUGGAUCAGAUGUUCAGUGAUGCCUUCAGUAAAGAGCACCAGCUGAUCCGAGCCGACCCGAAGCACAGCCUCUACCUGGCCUGCGCCCUCAUGGUGAGGGGCAACGUGCAGGUGUCCGACCUCCGCAGGAACAUCGAGAGACUGAAGCCUUCGCUGCCAUUUGUGUCUUGGAACCAGGAAGGCUGGAAGACGGGCCUGUGCUCGGUGCCUCCUGUGGGCCACUCCCACUCCCUGUUAGCCCUGGCCAACAACACCUGUGUGAAAACCACCUUCAUGGAGCUGAGAGAACGCUUCACCAAGCUCUACAGGAAGAAGGCUCACUUACACCACUACCUGCAUGUAGAAGGGAUGGAGCAGAGCCACUUCUCGGAGGCCCUCAGCUCUCUCAGCUCCCUGAUUGAAGAGUACCAGCAGCUGGAUGCCACCAAGGGAAGACUCAUGCCUGACGCACCCAGACUCCGCAUCGCCAGAUGAAGUUUCACUUUGUUUCAAUCUGUCUGUUUCUUUGUCUGUCUCCUUGUAUAACAAUUAUUAUGUUAUAAGGAAUAAUGAUGACGUCACACAACCAAAUCUUUUGUAUAUACCUUUAAAUGUUAUUUUUCAACAUUUUCUAAUUUAUGACACCAUUCAAAACUUCUGUCUGAAAGAAAUAAGCAGUAGCAACAUGACUUAUAACAUACUAAUAAGUCCUGCUGCCCUGGCUAUGUCCGGUGUUGUUAUACAGUACACAUACAUGUGCUGAUGACAUUUUUCACAACUAACAACUCUUAAAUAUUUCUUCUUCUAUUCAAUGAUUCCCAGUCAUUCUUCCUUAUGAAAUCAGGUGUUUUAGUUUUAGUCCCGCGUCUUUGUCUCUGAACUCUUUGGAAGGUUCCAUAAGUUAGAGUAACCUCAGGUCAGAAAACAUGUCACCAGGAUCGUUGCACUUCCUCUGGCACACGCAGGACGUUAUCCACUGCAUCUUCCACUGUGUGCUGGUGCCUCCCUUGCAGGUGAAGUUGACCUUGAUCAUGCGGGACUUGUUGGGGACACAGCAGCGCUUGUCUGUGCAGACGCCGCAGUACGUGGGCUUAAACUUCUUGGUGCUGGUACAGCCCGAGAGGGUCAGCUUCUCCGCCUUCUUUGCUUGAAAUGUAGGCCGGCAUGUCUUUCCCUUUGGCGCCUAUGAGAGGGAAAUAGUGAUUAUUUUAUUGAAAACUAUGGUAAUACUUCCAUAUCAUUUUACCAACUUGUCACCUUAACACUCUUCAUCACGCUUUUAUCACAUGGUCGCAGCAGACACAGGCGCCGGUCCUUCCUCAUCUCACAUUUGCCGUUAUCGUUGUUGACACGCGAUGAGAUGCCCAGGCCGCAGGUUUUGGAGCAGGGGCUCCAGGGGGUGGUCUGGAUCAAACAGUUCUUCUUCCAGGCUAAAGGAGGAUCCCUGUAAGCUUUCAGUAUUACAGUUAAAGGGCACUGUGUCAACAACACCCGACACAAAGAACUAGUCUGUGGGCUACAUGCUGCCGCGCAGAGCACACACACACACCAAAUACCUGCUCGUAUCCACCAUAAGGGAGUUCAUUUUCUUCUAAAUGUUUCCAUUGAGCUGUACUUACACGGGUUGAUUAGAAUGAGUGGAGUAGAAAUUGCCAUUUGGCUGAAGUGUAAAUAUAUUUGUGAAAUCCCUAAAUAGUAUAUUUGCCAGGUCAUAGUCCUAUUUUGAACCCGGAAAUGUUAAGUACCCCAAAGUUUUAUGUCAGAAAUGUAUAGUCAGUCCCCAGCACAUAGAAACUGCCAGAUGCAAGUGCAAUUGGCAAUUUGCACAAUUAACAUCAAUUGUGUUAAUAAGCACAAAUUACCAGUAUAGCCUAUGAUGACAAUAGUUAAAACAUUUCUUGGCCUAUUUGGACAAUUUUGGAGUGGUUUUGGGAAUAAUAGAGGAUGCUUAAUCUAUUUCUGACAUUUUCAGGAAAAAUAAUGGCAGUUUUAACCAGCAAGUGGUCACUUUCUGGUUAAAACUGCCAUUUUUGAUCCUGAAAAUGUCAGAAAUGGACUCCAUAAUUAAGUCAUUUUUAAACUAUUGACCACAUAGGCUAUAAUGGUAAUUAGUGCUAAUGAAAAACAUAUGUGAGUUAGCAUCCUGCAGUUUCUAUGUUCUGGGGCCCCCUACUAUACAUUUCUAUCAUAAAACUGGGGAGCUCAACAUUUCAGGGUUCACAGUGCUGACAUCUACACUAAAAGGUUUAAUUGUCCUAGUGUGGAUAACUUCUACUGCCAGAGUAAUAGAAUGCCAGCUCUCCUUCCCAGAUGCCAGAUAACGUGGACAGCAGUCCAGGCCCUGCAGGCUGGUUCCUGUACACAGGCCGCUCUAUAAACACACACCUGACAUGUAGGUAGUGUCCUGCUGGUUCUUCUUUGGACUCUGGCCACUGCGAAGGCCGGCUGGCAUGUUUCCCAUGAGUGAGGCAGGGCCUAUGAGUUCUGCAGGCUUCUGGAUGAAAGCAGGGGUACAGCCGAUGGCUCCAGCAAUACAUGUGCACCUAUAGAGGGGGCUGGGCUGGAAACCUUCUCCGUUCUCAUAGUGGGCCCCAUUCAGGUCACAGCCUACUGCCAUCAGGUCUGAAAGAAGGAGGGAAACACGUCAACGCUCUGGCUCAUGAUGUUACUGUGAAUGUUAAAAACAGUAAAAGAUUUGCUCAUAUAUCAAUGAAGUCUUCUUGAAAUUAAUUGACUUAUCACACUCAUGAAAUAAAGAACCUUAAAUAAUUCCAA